ACUAACUCUACUUGAACCCUGAGAAGAAGCAUUCACCUCAGUUCCACCUUCACCUGACCUCCAAUUGGAGGGCUCUAGCUGUACUAGCCACUGCAGCAGUCACCACCAUCCCCCUUCCUCACUACCACCAUCCUCCCAUUUCUCUCCCUACAACACUCAUGGGCUUUCAGGUGCAAAGGAUUCCCUCUCAUCCUAGCCAUGCUUGUGACCUUGAUUAUCCAUCCCAAACUUCCAACCAAAGGUCAUAAGCCUGUGAUCCUAGCCCUGAGCUACUCCUACACACACUCCAUGGGUGGGUUUGUGCCAUCAUGACACCCCCAAGGUCUCUCCCCUUGCCCUUCCUGUCAGAAGUCAUGCCCUCAUAAGCCCUAAAACUUCACGCUCCACCCCCACCAGGAUGGCAGAAGCUCCACAGCCCAACUCCACCUUCCUACGCCCAACCUUCUUCCUACUGACUUGCAUUCCAGGGAUAGGGAGUGCCCAGGCCUGGCUGACCCUGGUCUUUGGGUCCAUGUAUCUGCUGGCCCUGCUGGGCAAUGGAGCAUUGCUGGCAGUAGUGCAGAUAGACACUACCCUGCACCAGCCCAUGUUCCUACUCCUGGCUACACUGGCAGCCACAGACCUGGGCUUAGCCACAUCUAUAGCCCCAGGGCUGCUGGCUGUGCUGUGGCUUGGGCCCUGGCUGGUGCCAUAUGCUGCCUGUCUGGUCCAGAUGUUCUUUGUACAUGCACUGACUGCCAUGGAAUCUGGUGUGCUGUUGGCCAUGGCCUGUGAUCAUGCUGUGGCGGGAGGACGUCCACUGCCCUAUCCUAUCCUAGUCACCAAAGCCCGUGUGGGCUAUGUAUCCCUGGCACUAGCACUGAAAGCGGUGGCUAUUGUACCUUUCCCUCUGCUGGUGGCACGAUUUGGGCACUUCCGAGCCAAGACUAUAGGCCAUGCCCACUGUGCACACAUGGCAGUGGUAGAGCUGGUAGUGGGUAACACACAGGCAAACCACUUGUAUGGGCUGACACUUUCGCUGGCUGUGUCAGGUUUGGAUAUUCUGGGUAUCACUGGCUCCUAUGGGCUCAUUGCCCAUGCUGUGCUGCAGCUGCCUACCCAGGAGGUCCGUGCCAGGGCCUUUGGUACAUAUAGUUGUCACAUUUGUGUCAUUCUGGCCUUCUACGUGCCUGGUCUCUUCUCCUACCUCACACACCACUUUGGUCAACACACUGUUCCAAAGCCUGUACACAUCCUUCUCUCCAACAUCUACUUGCUGCUGCCACCAGCCCUCAACCCCCUCAUCUAUGGGGUCCGCACCACGUAGAUCAGGGACCGGCUCCUAGAAACCUUCACAUCCAGAAAAAGCCAGUUCUAAUGGGCAGUGUGUUAUAGGUUGAAUUGUGUCCCCCAAAAAUAUGUG